AAGCCCUGCUCAGUGCGGCAGUGUCCCCGCUCCACCGGCGCCCGAAACACGUGCUUCUCCGCCCUUAAAGUGAACGUCAUGGGGAGCGAAGGCGGUGAUCACGCGAGGAAGCAAGUGAAGGUCUGGUGCGAUGGCUGCUAUGACAUGGUACACUUUGGACACGCUAAUUCCUUGCGGCAAGCUAAGGCCAUGGGGGAUUACUUGAUUGUUGGUGUCCACACAGACGAAGAGAUCACCAAACACAAGGGGCCUCCAGUCUUCACCCAGGAGGAGAGGUACAAGAUGGUCCGGGCAAUCAAGUGGGUAGAUGAAGUGGUGGAGGGAGCACCUUACGUAACCACACUGGAAACACUAGAUAAAUAUGAGUGUGAUUUCUGUGUUCAUGGAGAUGACAUCACCAUGACUGCAGAUGGUGUAGACACUUACCACAUAGUGAAGGCAGCUAAAAGAUACAAGGAAUGCCGCAGGACUGAAGGUGUUAGCACGACAGACCUGGUUGGUCGGAUGCUGCUCAUGACGAGACAACACCAGCAGGUUGGAGAAGCAGAGUACCUUGUGGGGCGUGAUCACUCAGACAGCCUUGGCACAGAUGCCAGUGCUCGUUCCCCAUGGACAGGUGUUACACAGUUCCUACCAACUACGCAGAAAAUCAUGCAGUUCUCCUCGGGACUCACACCCAAGUCAGGAGACAAGAUUGUGUAUGUGGCAGGUGCAUUUGACCUUUUCCAUGUGGGUCACCUUGACUUCUUGGAGAAGGCAAGGCAAGAGGGAGAUUUCCUGAUAGUUGGCCUCCACACAGACCCAGUUGUCAACCGUUACAAAGGUGCUAACUAUCCCAUUAUGAAUCUGCACGAACGUGUGCUCUCUGUACUGGCUUGCAAGUAUGUGAGUGAGGUGGUGAUUGGAGCCCCUUAUUCUGUCACCUCUGACUUGAUGGACCAGCUGAAGGUGGACCUAGUGUGUCAUGGCAUGUCUGAGAUCAUGCCUGAUGCAGAUGAGUCUGACCCCUAUGCAGAGCCCAAGAGAAGGAACAAGUUUAAGAUCCUAGACUCAGGCAAUGACAUGACAACCCAGAGAAUUGUUGAGCGCAUCAUUGAGCACAGGUUAGACUAUGAAGUGCGAAAUAAGAAGAAGGAAAGGAAAGAGAAGGCAGCAUAUGCAGCCUACAUCAAGGCAAAGGCUGAGGGCCGUUUGGACAUUGAUCCAAUUCAUGUCGAGUGACCCUUCCGCCGGUGGUACCAUACUUACUGUUGCUACGUAUGAACCUUACCAAAUGGCCAUCACAAACAGUCUGUGAAGGUUAUCCAUCAGCCUACUUGUUGAUUGUUAUCUUCCUGAACCAGUCGUGACAUGAGUGAUGAGGAGUCCACCGUUGGGAGCCCUUGUCUCGAUGCACAUCACACAAAGUUACAUCAAGACAAGUCAUCACAACUGUGUCAGAUUCCAAGUCUGAGCUAUGUUUAUGAUCAUCAAAGAAUCUAGUCACUUCUUUAGAUGCCAUAACCAGAUGUCUGGUCAUCGCUAGAGAUGUCAUCCUACAUAGCAUGGUUUUAUAUGCUUGGGUACAUCAUCCAUUUAGGUACAUACCCACUUUUUAACAAAACAUCCAGUAACCUGAUUGCUUAUCGUAUCACAUUCAGACAGUAGGUAUUAUUUCUCUCUAGGAUAAAGCCCCUAGAAAGAAGAAAAGAUAAAUUAGCAUCCUUUUUAGAUUUUUAUUUAAUGCCCACAAUUUAAGUGAGUGGUCACUGUUAAGUGACCAUUCAUUAACCUAUUUUCCUUUUUUUUUAUGAAUCGCAAGUGUGGAAUUAGUUUUGAAUUGAAAAAGAAAUUCAGUUUGUUUUUUUCUCUGAUGAACAAGGAACUUUACAUUUACAUAAACGGUAUCAACAAUAACUUUGUUAGCUUUUAUUGUAAAAUGUUAUCAGUUAUCAUUUCGGUUAUUCACUGUUCAUGUAAAAGCUACAAGGGCAAAAAAAAAAGAAAGAAAAAAAAUUAUGAAUACGCAUUCAAUACAAGUUUCAGAACACCGCAUACAAAGGAGCUCUAGCUAGAACUGCAGGAAGACCAUCCCAACACUUAUUCCCUAGAUAUAAGAAGAUAUUUGAAUGCUUGUAGCGAGGUUUGGGUUUCUGGAGAUCAUUUCGAAGCAUUAGACCUGAAACUUUUGAAUAUAAGAAGUUCAAAUAUUAAAGCAUGGGAAUGUAUUGUGCCAGAUGGUACAAAGACAGCUGUGUUUUUGCCUUGUGCUUUUGGUGAACAGUGAGAAAAUGAAUGUUUUUUUUUUUCUCUCUCUCUUUUUUUAUAACAUCAUUACCAUUAUUAUUUUUUCCAAAGUCAUUUAAGAUAACUAGGCAGACUGACUCUCAGUAAUAGUGUAAGAAUGAUAUUGUUAUUAUGAUGAAGAUUAUUAUUAUUCUAUUGAUCUUGAUUAUUAUUAUUGAUAAUAUUACUAAAGUAAUAUCUGUUAUUGUUAUUGCUAUUUUGAUUCUGAUUAUUAUCAUUAUAUCAUCUGUUAUUAUCAUUGCUAUGAUAAUAUAAUUUCUUAUUGUCAUUGUUCUUAUUAUUAUUGUUGGUAUAACUACAGUAUUACUGACAUUAUUAUUAUUAUAUUUUAUUAGUAUAA